ACGGGGCGGUAACAUCGUAGCGCGUCCUCUCUGGUUCUGGGCUUCACGCUGGUUUUCUCAGCUCUUGGGCAGACGACAGACCUCUGGACUCCGCACUCUGUAAAGCCCUUUCCUAGCUGAAUAGAACGAGACAGGGCGGCGAGCCGGGUCCCACCAUGGCCGCGAAUUAUUCCAGUACAAGUAACAGAAGAGAACAUGUCAAAAUUACGACUGACCCCCAGCCUGGCUUCCUGGAGCGGCUGAGUGAGACCUCAGGUGGAAUGUUUGUGGGGCUCAUGACCUUCCUGCUCUCCUUCUACUUGAUUUUUACCAAUGAGGGCCGUGCGUUGAAGACGGCAACCUCCCUGGCCGAGGGGCUCUCACUUGUGGUUUCCCCCGACAGCAUCCACAGUGUGGCUCCGGAGAAUGAAGGGAGGCUGGUGCACAUCAUUGGGGCCCUGCGGACGUCCAAGCUCUUGUCUGAUCCAAACUACGGGGUGCACCUUCCAGCUGUGAAGCUGCGGCGGCACGUGGAGAUGUACCAAUGGGUCGAAACUGAGGAAUCCAGGGAGUACACCGAGGAUGGGCAAGUGAAGACCGAGAGGAGGUACUCCUACAACACUGAAUGGAAGUCAGAAAUUGUCAACAGCAGAAACUUCGACCGAGAGAUUGGCCACAAAAACCCAAGUGCGAUGGCAGUGGAGUCAUUCACGGCAACAGCCCCUUUCGUUCAAAUUGGCAGGUUUUUCCUCUCAGCAGGCCUCAUUGACAAAAUUGACAACUUCAAGCCGCUGAGCCUGUCCAAGCUGGAGGACCCACACGUGGACAUCAUUCGCCGGGGAGACUAUUUCUACCACAGUGAAAACCCCAAGUAUCCAGAGGUUGGAGACCUGCGCGUUUUCUUUUCCUAUGCGGGGCUGAGCGGCGAUGACCCUGACCUGGGCCCAGCUCACGUGGUCACUGUGAUUGCCCGGCAGCGGGGUGACCAGCUAGUCCCCUAUUCCACCAAGUCUGGGGACAUCUUGCUUCUCCUGCACCAUGGGGACUUCUCACCAGAGGAGGUGUUUCAGAGAGAACAGAAGAGCAACUCCAUGAAGACGUGGGGCCUGCGGGCUGCAGGCUGGAUGGCCAUGUUUAUGGGCCUCAACCUCAUGAUGCGGAUCGUCUAUACCCUGGUGGACUGGUUUCCUGUCUUCCGAGACCUGGUCAACAUUGGCCUGAAGGCCUUUGCCUUCUGCAUGGCCACCUCACUGACGCUGCUGACUGUGGCCGCCGGCUGGCUCUUCUACCGGCCCCUGUGGUCCCUCGUCAUCAGCUGCCUGGCCCUGGUGCCCUUCAUCAUUGCUCGGACCCGGGUGUCAGCCAAGAAGCUGGAGUGAAACAGGCCCCGCACCCACCCGACAUCCACGUGAGCCUCAGGAUCCAGGUCACCCCCCGGCCCUCCAAGCCCACUUGUGCCAGAGCCUGAGUCCUCAUCGAUUUUGGAUUCUGCACCUGCUCCACUCUUCAAGGGGCCAGACUUGGCAGAGGGCCCUUACACUGGGCUUGGUGUUCCUCAGUUAACGGCUCUCCACCCCUUUUCUUGCCAGUGAGGAGCUUUGAUGGGCAGAAGGCAGCUCCUGUCUGGCGGCAUGACAAGCAUUCUCCUGCUUGUUUCCUCCCCUUCUCUUGGGACUGUGUGUGUGGCCGGUGUGCAUGCUUCACUUGGCUGAUGUCUUUAGAUGUCAAAGAGGUGACACUCAGAGACUUGCUGCCUUAUUGCUUACUGCCUCUCAUCCUUGGAGACGAGUGCCAGGGCUCUGCCACAACCACUAGCCGUGCCCGCGAUGCUCAAGGGCCACCGUUAUCAGCUGUCUCUAAGCAGCACUGAAUUGCCAAGACAGCCUAGGCCCAUACCCAGCAAAACAGGGGCAUCAUAAACCCAGUGUGUGGAUAGAACUUGACUUGGUAUUGCAAGAAAAAAAAAACCACUGGAGAUGUCAUAAGGAAAAUUGGACAUUUGGUGGGCUUUACACUUUUUUUAUGGUUUGGCAGAAUCUUUUUAGUGUGUAGGAUCUCCAAAGACCCUGAGUUUUUGUUACUUCACUUCUUCAUGUGUACUCUCCUACCCUAAGAGGGAGUUGUUUGAAAUAAGAUUUAAAAAGCAAAACAAACCUCCUGAAUGAUUAACAUUUCAGGCUGUGACAGAAAAAGACACCCUUAAAUCUGUUAGUUGAAGUUAAAUCAGUGCACAGAAAGGUUAAGUGGGGGUGUGACUUGGUUAAAAAAAGACGUUACCAGUAUUCUGGAUCACUGGGAAGCUUUUAAGAUGCUUUUGAAACAAGUAUUAGCAAAGGAUUUGUUUUCCCUCUUGGAGAUGGGGAAGCUUUACAGGGGAGAGAAAAGCAUUUCCUUUCAUCCUCUGGCAUCAGAAACUACCUAUUUACUUGAAGAUGGUUUUGAGUUUUUAGUCAACCAUUAAAGGAGAAGGUUGGAAGCUUUAUUAUCCUAAGUGGGCUCCUUCGUAGUGAUUCCCAGUCAAAAUCAAGACUUGGAGGCCUCAGGCCUGCUGUAGAUUUCAAUGCUCUUGCUGGCCUCUUUCAUCAUGGGAGUACUUCUAACAUUAUAGCAGCCGGGCCUCAAGUGGCUGCUUCUGAGUGAUUCGUUUUAUCCGUUAAGUGUCCACAGCUUUGCUUUUCCUAAAUAAAAUCUACCCACGCUUUAUUCACAUAAUUUCUCCAUUUCCCAACUACUCUCAUACUCUUUGAAAGAUAAAAUAUGUUGUAACUUUGAUGUCCUAAAAGAUUCUUUGUAUAUCCCCUAUCUUUUUACUAUUUGGAAAUUGUUCUGCCUUGCCGGGAGUGGUUGCUUUAGCAAAUCAAUAUUUAGUAGUUGAGUAAGAGGUCAGAACUUCUGAAAAUAGUUACCUAUAAUCUCCUGUUGUCCUAGGCUGUCUGCUAUAAGCUAAGAUUCUUUGUGUUAGAGGCAGCCAGCCCCAGAGAUGAUUUGUCUGGCUUUAAGGAUUGAAAUAGUAGUCAGUGCUGCUCCUUGUGAGGAGUUUCACUGAAUCUCUAAAUCCUCAAAGGAUGUUAUGGAAAACACAGUGUAACUAGAUGAUGGCGAAAUACAAAAUCCUUCGGAUUUGGUCUGUGUCCUUUUUCCUAGUACAGAUUUUAAAUUCUGCCAAUUUGAAGUGUUCUUAAAGAGCAAAAUGUUAAGAAAUAUUUGAAACCUUUGGAAAAUCAUCAUGAAAUCUGUAUUAUCUUUGUAUUUUUGAUAGAAAACCACAAUAAAUUUCUAAGUAUCAUUU